AUGAAUCCUGAUCCUGCCUUCGCCAGCUGUCGCGUUCCGCAGGAAAGCGACGACGCGAACGACAACGACGAUGCGGACGAUGACGACGAAGCGGAACAGGACACGCGGGGGAGAGACGGCGCAGGGGGGAGUAACAGCAGGAGCGAGAGGGACGUGGGCGCGCGGAAAGAGCAGGGCGGGGGGGAAGGAAGGGGGAAUGGGGAAGUAGCGGAGGGCGGCGGGGGCGGGGCGGCGGAGUGGAGCAGCGCAAGCGAGUGCAGCAGCGAGUGCAGCGACGGCGACGGCAGCGUCGCCAUCCAGUUCUCCGACUCCGACGACGACCCCGACCCGGGGGACGACGACGCGCAGUGCGCGCCGUGGCGGGGCGCGGAUAGCGCGCCCGAGAGGCGCGGAGGGGAGGUGCCGUGGUGGCAGUGGGGGAGCAGCGGGAACGGCCGGCUUGGGGGAGGCGCGUUAGGGCGGGGGAAGGCGGGGGCUGGGAGGGGAGGGGGGAGAGGCGCGGGAAGGGUGGGCGGAAGUUGGGGCGCGGUUAUGGGGGGACUGGGGAAGCCCGCGGUGCCUCCACCUCGCCUCGUGGGGUCGGGCAAGCGCGCGUGGAUCCGCAUCGUGGAGAACGAGUACCUGCACCGCCGCCCCAAGCUGCAGCGCACCGACGAGGUGUUGGUGUGCCAGUGCGUGCCGCCGCCGCCCGGGCGGCGAGAGAAGGGGUGUGGGGAGGCGUGUUUGAACCGCCUGGUCAGCAUCGAGUGCCAGCCCAAGCUCUGCCCCUGCGGCGCUGCCUGUGCCAACCAGCAGUUCCAGCAGCGGCGGUACGUGAAGGUGGAGAUAGCCCGCUACGGCCGCAAGGGAUACGGCGUGCGGGCGCGGCAGGCAGUGGCAGCGGGGCAGUUCAUAGUGGAGUACGUGGGGGAGGUGCUCAACCGCAAGGCGUUUGCUGUACGCCUGGAGGAGUACAGGCGCGCCAAGCAGCGCCACUACUACUUCAUGACUCUCAACAACAGCGAGGUGAUAGACGCAUGCCGCAAGGGCAACUUCUCGCGCUUCCUCAACCACAGCUGCGAGCCCAACUGCUGUCUUGAGAAGUGGAUGGUGCGGGGCGAGCUGCGCAUUGGGCUCUUCUCCCUGCGCCCCAUCAAAGCGGUGAGUCCCCUCCUCCCCGACCCUCCCCCUGUCCCUGCCCCUGCUCCUGCUCCUGCCCCUGCCUCUUCCCCUGCCCCUGCUCCUGCUCCUGCCCCUGCUCCUGCCCCUGCCCCUGCUCCUGCUCCUGCCCCUGCUCCUGCUCCUGCCCCUGCUCCUGCUCCUGCUCCUGCCCCUGCCCCUGCUCCUGCCCCUGCCCCUGCUCCUGCCCCUGCCCCUGCUCCUGCUCCUGCCCCUGCUCCUGCUCCUGCCCCUGCUCCUGCCCCUGCCCCUGCUCCUGCUCCUGCCCCUGCCUCUUCCCCUGUCCCUGCUCCUGCCCCUGCCCCUGCUCCUGCUCCUGCCCCUGCCCCUGCUCCUGCUCCUGCUCCUGCCUCUUCCCCUGUCCCUGCUCCUGCCGCUGACAUGUACUUGCGCGCCUUCGUCUCCUCGUCGCUUUCAACUUCCCCGUUGACUCACCGCAAGAACUCCGACCUCAAUUAUGGCGAGGAGCUAUCAUUUAAGAGCGCUUUGGCGAGGAGCUGUCAUUCGACUACAACUACGAGCGCUUUGUGGGGGCGCGCCCCACGCGCUGCUACUGAGGCAGCCACCUUUCCCUCACUCCUUUUCCACCCUCCUUCCCGGCUCUCCUCCCGCUCUCUGCAGGGCGAGGAGCUGUCGUUUGAUUACAACUACGAGCGCUUUGUGGGGGCGCGCCCCACGCGCUGCUACUGCGGCAGCCAGUCCUGCCGCGGCGUGCUGGGCGGCGCUGAGCUCAAGAAGCCACGCGUGCGCCCUGCUGUGCAGCGAGCUGUGGCCGAGGAGGUGGAGGAGGAGGAGGAAGAGGAGGAGGAGGAAGAAGUCGGAGGGAGAGAAGGGGAGGAGAGGGAGGGGCAGCAGAUGGUGAUUAGUGAGAGAACGAUUGGGCUGGGCAGGGAGUGUGAGGCGGAGGAGGAGGGAUCAGAGAGUGAGAGUGAUGAUGGGAGUGAGAGUGAGAGUGAGAGUGGGAGUGAGGGUGAGAGUGAGAGCGAGUCGGGGAGUGAGAGUGAGUGGGAGGAGGUGUACGGGUCAGGGGAGGGGAGCGAGGAGGAGGGAGCAGAGGAGUACGGGUGCAGGCGGGAGGGCAUGCAUAUGGGUGAGGGGGGAAGGCAUGGAGAGGAGGGGAGAGAGGGCAGUGGGUGUGCGCGCCUGGCCUGGGAGGGCAAGCGGGCGAGGUCCCGCCUGGCCCUCCCCCACCCCAGGUCGCUCCGCCCUGCGCCCUCCCCCUGGCUCCUCUCCUCCCCGCGCUCCCCCCCCGCCCAUGCGCGCCCCCUCCCAUCCCCCUCUGCGCGGUCUGGGUCUCUUCAGGGAGGGGUGGCUGCAGGGCGCGAGGGGAGAAGCGUGCAGGGGGGGGCGGGAGAGCAGGGACCAAGACAUGGCCGGGGGACGCAGCAGGGGGAGAGGGAGGGGCGGGGCGGGGAGGACGAGGGGGAGGGGGAGCGGGUGUGGUUGGAAGGGGGCGAAUGGGAAGGGGAUGGGGAACGGGAAGGGGAGGGGGAGGGGGAAGCAUGUGUGGAGGACGGGGAGGGGGGCAUGCGGCAUGCCAAGAGGCGGAGGCUGCGGAAGGUGGCAGGUCUGGGUGAGAGGGUGUGGCGACAGGGUGGGGAGAGGGGCGGGGAGAGGGAGGAGGGGCACAGGGAGGUGUGGGGAGGCGAGGAGAGCGGGGCACAUGGGCAUGGGUUUGACCUGGUGGCGGAAGCAGCAGGGGGGGGAGCGGGGGCGGGGGAGGUUCAGGCAGCGCCGGCGGAGUAUGUGGUAGCGGCGUGCCAGGGGGUGCUCUUCCACUCCGAUGUGGAGGAGGCAUUGGAGCUGCUACUGGACGGCAACGAUGCGCUCAUCAAGGGCAAGAGCACGGCACGAUCCUUUGUGCGGCUGCUCAUGCGAGCCACCUCCUGUGGCGACUUCUCCUCGGGCGUCCCCAACUUCAGUGCCAAGGAGGUGUCGCUGCUGCUGGAGGCACUGCUGCGCACCUCAUCAAGAACACUUCUCAAACACAUCAUUGCCACCAAUGGGUUGAACGUGCUCCAGAUCUUGGGGCGGAAGCUGCAGCACGAGAGGGAGCGAGUGGCCAUUCUGAGGAAGCUGCUGCGAGUGGCACACCACCUGCACGCCACCGCUGCCCUCUCCCUGCAGGCCGCUCAUGCCGUCCCACCCACUGCCAAUGAGAGCUUCUCUGCGCUCAUUGGCCGGCUGCGCAGGCACAGGGACGCGGAGCGCCACACCUCCUCUCUGGCAGAAGCUGCUGCUGCUGGGACCUGUUCCUCCGCUCCCUCUCACCCUUCUCCUGCUGCGGCCGCUUCAGCCUCUGCCUCUGGCCCUGCUGCUUCGCAUCCCACUGCCCCCUCCUCUGCUGCUGCUGAUUCCGCCGCUGCGGCGGCAGCAGCAGCCAGCAUGCCUCUGCUCGCACACACCCUCCGCCACCUGCAAUCGCUGCCGCACCUGCAGACCCUGCCGCACCUGCAGUCGCUCUCACUGCCUCUCACCAUGAACCUCGCCCUGGGGGGAAACCUAGGCAUGGGCAUGGGCAUGGCAGGUGACGCCUCAGCUGUCCCAGCAUCAGCACACCCGGUGCCUCCUGCCUCUCACCCCCUGCCUGCUGCCGCGCACCCGUCGCACUUUUCAGCAGCCACCACAGCAGCGGCAGCAGCAGCGGUGCAGCACAUGAUGCAGCGCCGCCUCUCCCUCGCCCUCUCCCACGCCGUCUCCCAAGUCAACGCCACCGCCGCUGCUGCUGCCACCUCGCCUGCUGCCAAACCUCCCGCCCCUUUCCACCCACAUGCCCCCUCCGCUGCCCCCUCUGCCCCGCCUGCUCCCCAUGUUCCCGCUUCCCCACCUGCCGUGCCACAUGCCGUUCCACCCUUUGCAACCCCUCCCUCCUCUCCCACCCCGGUCCCUGCCUCGCAGCCCACUAAUCACCCACUCCCUGCUGCUGCUGCUUCCUCGCCCACGCCCCCGCCCCCCUCUCCCAAGCUCUCCUCCCAACAUGCCCCCCAGCACGCCCCUCCCCACAUCUGCGAGCCUCACACGGCGCCCUUUACCAGCCCUGAACGCUGCCCGGCACCUUCUGCCUGCUCUGCUGCUUCCAAGGGGGCCAAGAGGCGGCAGGCGUGGAGGAAUGCGGGAGGGGAGAAGGGGACGGAGAAGGAGAGGAGGGAGAAGGAAGGGGAGAACGGAUUGGAGAAGGGAAGUCAGAAGGGAGGAGAGGGCCCGGAGAGUGUGGAUGGAGUGGGUAACAACGUCCCAAAGCCGGCAUUGCCAGUUGCGGCUGCUGAUGCUCCUCUUCCUGCCAAUACUUCUGCUGCUGCUAUUGCUGCAGCGGUUGACACAGCGAGAGGAGAAGAGAUGGGAGGGUCAGCAGCAGCGGCAGCAGCGCCUGUGCCCGCACACCGACCACCUCCCUCGUGCCCUGCAGUUUUUGAGUCGUCUCAAAGGUCACCCUCGUCCCCUGCUGCCCUGCCCUCAGCGCCUGUGGCGGGCAGUGCGGGCAGCACAUGGCAUGGUGCCGUGGUGCAUGCAGCAGCAUCAGGUGCAGCAUGCAGUGUGGUACCCCAUGCCACGUGGCAUGCUGCUGCUCCGAUCGCUGCUCAUGCAUUGGAUAUAUUCCCUGGCGCCACCACCCCCCCAUUCGCCACCGCUGCACCUGCUUCGGCUGCUGCAACUGCUGGGACUUGUGUUAAGGUGGAAGGCAGUGCGACAGGAGCAGAGGUGGCGAGGGGGAUGUGGGAAGGGGAGGGCAUGGGAGGGACGUGGAGUGCGGAGGUAGCAGAGGCGCAGGGUGCAGGGGCGCAGGGUGCAGGGGCGCAGGGUGCAGGGGCGCAGGGUGCAGGGGCGCAGGGUGCAGGGGGAGGGGGUGCAGGGGGAGGGGACGCAAGGGGAGGGGGGGCAGGAACAUGGGGUGCAGGGACACAUGAUGAAGGGUUUGUAGCGGCAGGCAUGGUUGCAGGUGACGCAGCUGCAGGAAGCAGGGCAGUGGCAGCACCAGCAUGGGCAAGUGGUGCAGGUGGGUUGGCUGCAGUGCCCGAGUGUGAAGCAGCGGCGGCUCGUGCUGUGCCCGUGCCGCCCCGGCCUCUGUUCAAGUGGGUGGUGAAGGAAAUCCCCGUGCAUGCUGAUGUGCGUGCUGAUGUGUGUGCUGACAGACAUGUGGACGCGCAUGGGGCCCAUGGGAGCAUGCAUGGAGACAUGCAGGCAGGCGAUAUGGCUGAUGGUGCUCAACUGGUGAAUGGGGGCGUGAGGGAUGGUGGCAUGGCAGGUGGUGGGGAUGUGGGCGGUGGGGGCAUGGGAGCGUCAGGCACGCGCGGUGCAGGCAUGGGCGGUGGGGAGAGAACACUGGAGGGUAUGCGAAGUGGUGGAAUGGCGUGGGGUGGGGAAGUGGGGUGGGGGGGAAGAGCGGGUGGCAUUGGAAAUUGGGGAGGAGCACACGGGCUGGCUGCGUAUGGCAUGCCGUAUCACACGGCACUUGGCAUGGCGUCAGUGCAGCAGGCAGCAGUGCAGCAGGCAACAGCGCAGCAAGCACUGGUGCAACAGGCAGUGGGGCAGCAGGCAGGGGUGCAGCAGCAGGGAGCGGGGCAGCAGCAGUGGUUCGAUGCAUGCAUGCAUGGGCAUGGGGCAGCAGGGGCGGUGGCAGGGCGAGCCAUGGGGUACGCACAGGCAGCGAUGCCAUGGGCUGUGCAGCACGGCGGGUGGUGGCCUGCUGCUAGAGACCACGCCAUGCUGGCAGCAGCAGGGGGAGCGCGAGAGGAGGAAAAGGCAGCUUCACAUGGGCCUGACCCUGUGCGGGGUGCUCCUGCUGCUAAUAGGACAACUGACACUGCUCACACCGCUGGCAUGACUGGAGAGACUAAGGAUUCGACUGACGUGACAUCAGGACGGAUUGAUGUGAAGGUAGAGUGUGCGGACACUGCACCGGGCCUUACUGACAUAGUACCACAUCACACUGACAUGCCCAAGGGUUCGACUGAUGUCACACCAGGGGUGAGUGAUGUGAAGGUAGAGUGUGCGGACACUACACCAGACUUUACUGACAUAAGACCACGUUAUACUGACAUGACACCUGAUUUGACUGACAUGAAACCAGAGCUUAUUGAUAUGGAUCUGGUUUCAGAUGAGUUGACUAACAUAGCACUGACAAGCGCCGACGUGAAACCGAUAGCUGCUGCUGAUGUGGAACCAGUAGCUGCUGAACUGGGACCGAUAGUUGCUGACUUGAAACCGAUGGCUGCUGACCUGGCGGUCCAGAAGGCAGUACCACGUGGCGCCGCUGACAUGGCUGGAAGGGCAUGCAGUGCGGCGGGCGAUGCGACACAGGGAGAGCACAGCCUGACUGACACGGCCCGCUUGUUGCUCCAGCAGCACAUGGCCCCUGCUGUGGAGACUAAGGCGGAGGUUGUAGCGCUGCGUGGGCAGGGCUGGCAGAGCUGCCCGGCUGUGGACCCUCCUUUGAGCCGCGUGCAGCAGAAGGGGGCCGAGUUGGAAGAACACAGGAGGCAGUGCCUGCAGGGGCAGCCGCAGCAGCUGCAGCAGUUGGUGGAGCAGCCGAGGGAGGAGGAAGAGCAGGAGAAGCAGAAGCAGGAGCGUAUGAGAGGCGGUCGUGUGAAGGAGGAGUGCGGGAGGGGGAGGGGGUCAGGCGAGGGGAAGAGGCGGGCAGAGGGAAGGCGGGCUUCCAGGGGCGAACUGCAAGGAGUUGUGGCUACGGUGCAGAGGGAGGCGAAUCUUGGGGCGAUGGAGGGGGGGAAGAGGGAGGUGGUGGAGGUGGGGGGCAGGGAUGCGUUGCAGGGGGAGGAGCAGGGUCCAGUGCAGGUGAAGGCUGGAGGGGGAGAGAAAGGGGUUGGGGAUGUCGUGGAACGCAGCGGGGCACAUGCAGGUGUGGUGGACGCGAAGGGAGGUUUGGCGGACGCGAAGGGAGGUUCGGCAGGCGCGAAGGGAGGUUCGGCAGGCACGAAGGGAGAUGCGGCGGACGCGAAGGGAGGUUCGGCAGGCGCGAAGGGAGGUUCGGCAGACGCGAAGGGAGGUUCGGCGGACGCGAAGGGAGGUGCGGCGGACGCGAAGGGAGGUGCGGCGGACGCGAAGGGAGGUGCAGCGGACGAGAAGGGAGGUUCGGCAGACGCGAUGGGAGGUGUGGCAGACGCAAAGGGAGGUGUUGCAGACGCGAAGGGAGGUUCGGCAGGCACGAAGGGAGGUGCGGCGGACGCGAAGGGAGGCUCGGGAGACGCGAAGGGAGGUUUGGCAGAAGCUAAGGGCAGGAAGAGGGCGUAUGAGAAGGCGGGCAGUGGAAAGGAGGGCGUCAAGGGUGCGGAGGUGGCAGCAGUGUCAGUGCUGGGGGGGCGAGAUGGGGCAAGGAAGGGAGCUGGU